AUGGGGAGACUUGCUAUCAGUUUCGCUGUCUAUGCGAUGCUCUCAGCGCACACUGGCGCCGUCCACGGCCAGGGAGGAUUUCUAGGGAAUCUGCUGACGAAUGUGGCCCAAGGUGCGCUGCAAGAAGUGCAGCGAAAACAGCAAAUGCUUGCUCAAGCGGCGUCCCAGCCAGACAUGCCUUCUGUUGCGGAACAAGAACGCAUCGAGGCGAUACAAAAGGCAAAAAUGAACCAGAUUUCUGCCACAGAGGCCCAGGCAGCCGUGAAGGAUGUGGUGGACACGUACAAACAGCUGGAGCAAGACCUAGCGAUGCCUCUGGCAGAAAAGACAUCCCAUCUGAAAACUGAGAGACUUAAACUUAUGCGUCGCAUAUCCACCCUGACGAAGCAGACACGCGCCGCAUACGAUGCCCUUCAUCCAGAUAUGGUGAACAACCCUCUCAUUAUUGUCGCGAAGUCGCCUGAGGAUGACAUGCGUGCGGUCGCAAACCGUAUAGAUGCACAAGGCUCGCUGGAUGAUCUGCAGGGCAUCAUGUCCCCGUGUGCACAGUUUCACAAUGAGCGCGAGGCUCAGAAGAAAGAGCUGCAGGUUGUACAGAGCAUGAACAAUUUGGAUGAAGAGGCUAGAGCUCUCAGUCGCAUGUCUCCGAGUGAACGCCUUACCUAUGAUCGGAACAUGGCUGAAGAAUACGGCUUGAAGAAGGAACAGCUUGCUACGGACAUCAAGCAUGCUGGUAAGUACAACCGGUAG